AUGAGAGGAUUUGGAUCCUCGUCCAUACCCAAGGGAGAGCUUGAGGCCUACAGUCGACAGAGCUUGGUAUCGGAUGUGGAUGCAUUACGAAAACAUUACUGUGGAGAUGAUGGGUCGUUUGCCAUGCUGGUCGGCCAUGAUUGGGGAGGGGUGGUGGUGUGGGCGACACUCGAGGCCUUUGGGCAUGGUCCAACAAAAAUAGCGAAAAGCGCAGUUUUGAUCAAUGCGCCUCAUCCUCGUAUCUUUUCCAACUACAUAUAUACUCCAAAACAGGCUCUGAAAUCAUGGUACAUAUUUUGCUUUCAGCUCUAUUGGUUUCCGGAAUUCUUCCUACAUCGAACUCAGAGUUUGUACUACUCGAGUCAUGAAGUCGAAUAUCAACAUCUGGUUAAUGGCCUCGGGCUUUCAAUAUCAAACGAUAAAGCAAGCUGUACUGCCGAAACUAAUGUCAACGAGGAGGAGUCAACCUGUUCUGUUUCAAAAGAUGCCAAAAUGCCUUAUACUACCAUUGAGGUGGAACGGAAUCUGGCCAUUUUCAAGGAGGCAUUGACCGAUCGGGAUCGCAUUCAUGCCAUGCUCUCGUACUAUCGUGCCAUGACAGCUGGCUUUUGGUCCGAACCAAGAGUCGAACUUUCUCUUGUGAAUCAAGCCAUUCGAUGGCUGCACAAUAGUAAUGGAAAUGGAAACGAGGGAUCCGACGAGGCAUCAGAGCAACCAAUGGAUAGCAGUACUCUUUCUAGUCGCGGUGUUUCAAUUCCUACAAUGAUACUUUGGGGAAAGAAGGACAAGUUUCUUGGCGAGGAACUAGCGUCCGCCCCAGAUGGACUGCUGGAAAAUUAUCAAGGCACCAAGUUCUUUGAUGACGCUGGCCAUUGGGUACACUGGGAGAAGCCGCUGGAAACUGCCGAGGCACUGAUACAAUUUGCGAACACUCACAAUAAGGGACAACCAGCAGUAUAA